AUGGCUGACAACGGAGUCCAGCAAUCCACGCAAGCAGAGCUCUUAGCUCAGAUUGCCGACCUUCAAGCGGAAGUCCGACGGAUAGCCGAAUUGUCAUCCAACAGCCGAGCUGGAAAACAUGGCGAGGGGGACCCCAAAAGCUCAUACCAGAAUGACAUAGAAUCCCAAAAGCUCACCCCGCCAAAAGAGAAACUGACGAUAGACAACCCCUUCUCGGAGGACAUCAUGAAAUUUCAAAUGCCAAAAAAUUUUGUGCUGCCUACUGCCCUUGAACCAUACAAGGGAUUCGGUGAUCCUCGCGUCCAUAUUAGAAAAUUUCAAUCUAUGAUGUUCUUUAAUGGCGCCUCUGAGCCCAUACUUUGUCGAGCUUUUCCUACUUAUUUAGAUGGUUCUGCAUUACUCUGGUUUUCUAAGCUGUCUGCAGGUUCAAUCUCUUCUUUUGAAGAACUGGCGAGAUCCUUCAUCGAUUACUUUGCCGCAUCAAGAAUAUAUGUGCAUGGGACAGACUACCUAAGCACCAUCAAGCAAGGGCAGCACGAGAGCUUAAAGGACUACAUGACGCGGUUUGCUGAGGCGACCAUGGAGAUUCCAGAUCUAAGCCCAGAGGUCCACCUGCACGCCCUCAAAAGUGGCCUCAGACCUGGCAAGUUCCAAGAAACGAUCGCAGUAACAAAACCAAAAACGUUAGACGAAUUCCGAGAAAAGGCCGCUGGCCAAAUGGAGAUCGAAGAGCUUCGGGAAGCACGGAAGACAGAUAAGCACCAACCAAGAAGGGAGGAAGAAAAGACCCUCAGAUCACCAAGCAGCAAAAAGCUGAAGAAACCUUUCAAACUUACCCCCAAGUUCGAUAACUACACCCGGUUCAACACGAAAAGAGAAGACAUUAUAAAAGAAAUACUUCAUGCUAAGAUAAUCAAACCUCCGAACAGGGCUGGUAAUUAUCAGGAUCAGAGGUUCGUCGACAAAACAAAACACUGCGCCUUCCAUAAAAAAUUUGGCCAUACAACAGACGAAUGUGUGGCGGCAAAAGACUUAUUGGAACGGUUGGCAAGGCAAGGACUCUUAGACAAGUAUGUCGACGGAAGGAAGAACAGAGGAGGAAACAAGGCACCGGAGGCAACCAAUCAAGGAAUACAGGAAAAUGACAAAAGACAGUGGGCAAACCCAAGCCAGCCACGAGGAGUCAUAAACUGCAUCUCAGGGGGCUUCGCCAGUGGAGGUACCACGAGUUCGGCCCGAAAGAGGAGCUACAGAGCAAUGUUGGCAAUUGAGGGGACGACCUCCUUACCCAAAAAGGAUACACCCACUGGAGAAAUCACUUUCACAGCCUCAGACUGCACAUCAGCAAGCCCAAACCUCGACGAUCCCGUUGUUAUCUCAGUACAGGUCGGAGACCUGUUGGUAAGAAAGGUCUUGUUAGACCCAGGUAGUAGUGCUGAUGUCCUGUUUUACUCGACAUUUCAAAAAAUGAAUUUAUCUGAUAAAAUCAUACAACCCUACUCCGGAGACCUCAUAGGGUUCUCCGGAGAAAGGGUGUCGGUAAUAGGAAGUGUAUGGCUAAGAACCGUCCUAGGGGUGCAUCCCCGGUCAAAAGCAGUUGAUACACAAUAUGUCGUAGUAAACUGCACAAGCCCAUAUAACAUUAUUUUAGGCAGACCAGCUUUAAAUUCUUUUGGAGCAAUUGUAUCCACUUUACAUCUCUGUGUUAAGUUUUACGUGCAGGAUGACGUCAUAGCUACAGUACAUGCCGACCACAUAGAAGCACGGCAAUGCUAUAACGCCAGCCUGAAACAACAGGCAACGCACAGAAUCACCUCAGCACCAGUACAGGCCAUUUAUAACUCAGAAGAUCUUCCUCUCCUUAAAGAGUUGGAUCCCAGAGAGGAUUUUCAAGAAAGACCACAACCAAUAGACGAAUUGGAAAAGGUAAUAUUUUAUGAUAACCCUAACAAAUUUACAUACGUUGGUGGUGCACUUUCAGGACAGGAAAGAACUCGGUUAAUCAGAAUUUUACAAGACAAUGCCGACCUCUUUGCAUGGACCCCAGCAGACAUGCCAGGCAUUGACCCCGGCAUCAUUUGCCACAAGCUAGCCGUAAACCCAUCAAUCAGACCCAUCGCACAAAAGAAGCGCAACCUAGGAACAGAAAGGAGGCAAGCAUCCCUUGAGGAAACAAAAAAGCUACUGGCAGCAGGCUUCAUUAAAGAAGUAAGAUUUACGACAUGGUUAUCAAACAUCGUCAUGGUAAGAAAGAACACAGGUAAAUGGCGCAUGUGCGUCGACUUUACAAAUCUCAAUAAGGCAUGCCCUAAAGACGCAUAUCCAUUACCUUGUAUUGACAAAUUAGUAGACAACGCUUCAGGUUUUAAUUGCCUAAGCUUCAUGGAUGCAUAUUCUGGGUAUAACCAGAUUUUAAUGCAUCCGGAAGACCAACAUAAGACAGCUUUCAUAACAGAAUUCGGCAACUUUUGUUUCACAGUAAUGCCUUUUGGUCUUAAGAACGCAGGUGCAACAUAUCAACGUCUGAUGGACAAGGUUUUUAGUCAGCAAAUUGGACGGAACAUGGAAGUCUAUGUUGACGACAUGGUGGUCAAGACUCCAACAGGAGGUUCACACUGCAGUGAUCUGGCCGAGGUCUUUCACCAAGUCCGAACAUAUAAUAUGAAACUGAAUCCUGAAAAGUGCACCUUUGGCAUACAAGGAGGAAAAUUCCUAGGCUUUAUGUUGACAUCCAGAGGAAUCGAGGCAAAUCCUGAAAAAUGCGCCGCCGUCCUCAACAUGGCCAGUCCGAGGACUGUGAAGGAAGUCCAAAAACUAACUGGAAGGAUAGCAGCUCUAUCGCGAUUCUUGCCAACAGUAGCAAACAGGUCCUAUCAUUUCUUCCAAACCAUAUCAAAAGGUAAGCAAUUCGAGUGGACAGAAGCUUGCGAGCAAUCCUUCACAGAAUUAAAAGCCAUGCUAACGUCUCCCCAGAUACUACAAAGACCAGAGGCUGGUAAGCCGUUACAUUUAUAUUUAUCUGUUUCUGACCAAGCUAUAAGUUCGGCUCUCAUAGUUGAAACAGGAAAAGUUCAGAAGCCAGUAUAUUUUGUCAGCAAAGUUCUACAACCAGUGGAGAAAAGGUACCCAAAAGUGGAACAAUUGGCUCUAGCCUUGGUUAUCACUGCCCGAAGACUUAGACAUUACUUUCAAAGUCAUACCAUAAUAGUUCGGACAGACCAACCACUUCGACAAAUCUUAACAAGACCGGAGGUCGCGGGAAGACUAAUAAAGUGGUCUAUUGAACUAUCAGAAUUCGACAUCCAGUACCAGCCAAGGCCAGCACUAAAAUCACAAAUCCUAGCCGACUUUAUCUCAGAAGGAACCAACCCGCAUGAAAAAACUGAACCGAAGACCUGGAUUAUGUAUGUGGAUGGAGCUUCUAACAACGACGGAACAGGAGCUGGAAUCAUAUUGGAAGAUGGAAAAGGCACAGUCAUUGAACAAUCAAUACGGUUCAGCUUUGGGGCGAGCAAUAAUCAAGCAGAAUACGAAGCUCUCAUCGCUGGGAUAACGCUAGCCAUUGGACUUCAGGUAUCCAGCAUAACAGUACACUGCGACUCAUUAUUAAUAGUCCAACAGGUAAACGGCUCAUACCAGGUCAAAGAUCCCCUCUUGGAACGAUAUUGGCUUCUAGUAAAAGAACUUAUUUCAAAACUUAACAAUUUUGAACUUAUCCACGUACCCCGGGAAAAUAACAACCGGGCUGAUAUCUUAUCCAAAUUGGCAACAACUAGGAAAACCAAUCAAACACCCAACCUUUCACAACUAACGCUAGAAAAACCUAGCGUAAACCUAACACCUAUAUUGAGUAUUAUGCAGGAAGACGACUGGAGAGCUCCCAUAAUAACAUACAUCAAUCAAGGAACAAUACCUCCCUAUGAGGCAAGUCCAAAACUCUUCCGAAGACGAGCUAGUUUCUAUACAGUUCUCGGAACCGAGCUAUAUAAGCGAGGAUUCUCCAGACCACUGCUAAAAUGCCUCGGCAAAGAAGAAGCAGCUUUGGCAAUAGAUGAAGUCCACGAGGGUGUCUGCGGCAACCAUGUGGGUGGCCGAAGCCUAGCAGCCAAAUUACUUAGGGCAGGUUACUAUUGGCCAACCUUAAAGAAGGACUGCAUAACAAAAGUUCAAAGGUGCGAUAAUUGUCAGAAGCAUGCGAAAAUAAUACACAGCCCGGCCGAGCUGUUACAUAGCACAGAGGUAAGCUGGCCAUUUCACAGAUGGGGAAUAGACAUCUUAGGUCCUUUCCCAAAAGCGCCAGGACAGGUAAAAUUUCUCCUAGUCUGUAUAGAUUACUUUUCUAAAUGGAUUGAAGCACAACCAUUAGCACGCAUCACAGCAGAAAAGGUACAAUCUUUCCUUUGGAAAAACAUCAUCUGCAGAUACGGCAUCCCCGGUGAGCUUGUCUCUGAUAAUGGAAGACAAUUCACUGAUACUCGCCUUGCCUGUUUUUUACAGAACUUUCAUAUCAAACAUCACUUCAGCUCGGUCGAGCACCCUCAAACGAACGGUCAAGCAGAAGCCGCUAAUCAGGUCAUAUUGCAAGCACUACGUAAAAAGCUCGGUGAUGCAAAAGGAGACUGGGCAGAGUUAGUUCCAGAGGUACUAUGGGCCUAUAAUACAACCAUUCAUUCAUCCACAGGGGAAACCCCCUUCAGACUGGUGUACGGAGCAGAGGCAGUGAUUCCAGUUGAAAUUUCCAACCCCACACUAAGAGUCAGCUACCAAAUGGACGAGGACAACAAUCAAGCUCGGUCAGCCGAGCUCGACAUAAUUGAAGAACACCGAGAAAAGGCAUAUCUUAAACAAAAGGCAAUGCAACAAUUGAUACAACGAAGAUACAAUAGAAAGGUCAUCCCAAGAACCUUCAGGGAAGGAGACCUCGUCUUAAGAAAAACAGAAGAAGCUCGGCGAAUACCAGGACAUGGCAAGCUAGCAGCUACAUGGGACGGACCCUACAAAAUCACCAAACCUCUCGGAAUGGGGGCUUACUCAUUGCAAACACUCCAAGGAGAACCAGUCUCAGGGACGUGGAACAUCUCAUCACUGAAAAUGUAUGUGUCCUAA